ACGGUGGGUGACUUUGAGCGAACCUGACUUUUUUUUGCCAUCCCGUCUUUCGUACAUUUGACGGCUGAAUUUUCGAAUAGUUUAUAAUAAUUAUUGGCCAUUUAUGCUUUCCCUUGAUUAAUUUCGGACGUUUAGUAUUAUGUAGCUGAAUGCCAAGUACAAAGAAUUUAUUUCGUCUUGUUGGCUUCGGAAGUUUCAUAUAAAUCACUGGUACUUUGUAAUUUCAGCAUCGAAAACAUAAGAUAAUCCUUAUAUUAUCUAAAUCAUACUCCAUGCUUCCAUCUUUAACAAAGUUGUAUCAUGUUACAUCAGAAUGGUCAGAUUCUGAAUUAAGUUUAUUACUAAGUGCGUUAAAAAGAGAUCGUUCAUUUUCAACACGUGAAUUAGCUGAAUUCAUACAGACAAAAAACAAAACAGAGGUAAGUUUUCGUUCUUUGGAUACGCUUUUUUAGUAAUAUCGGUUUUUGUAAUACCCCUGGAAACUACUAAAUAAAUUUUUUUCUGGAAUUCUUCAACUAUUUUAGUCGGAUUUUUUAGAUUGAACGUUUACUGUAAUCCACUGAUCGCUGAAUAAAAUCCAUUUUCUGAACUAAUAACGUUCAGAUUAACUAUAAUUGAUGUCCAGUAUAUUUCAACCUGUUGGUAGGAAAUCCUUAUGAUGAUUUUCAAACCUAUCAUUAUUGCAUAUAUGGAAUAAAAAAUCCCUGUUUAAAAGUGAGGUUCAUAAUUUGUACUACAAUUAACAAUGUACUUACAGGUUACAUUUCUACCGAUAUUUGAGUUUUAGAGGAAGCCUAGAUUUCGCUGAGAUAACAGUUACUCAUAACCACCGAUAAGCAGAAAUAUUAACCUAAUACUAGCUGCUGAUCGUUUUUCAGCAUUUAGUUUCUUGUUGUACUGAAAGCCUGGGUCUAAUUAAAAAUCCUUUGACUUGUACAAUAAGUUGAGAACCCAGUUCUUCAAUGAAUUUAAACAAAUCAAGCACAGUAAGAUUUACAGUAUAAAGGGAAUUCAUUAUAUUCUGAGUCUUCUUAUCAACUGAUAGUGGCAUAGUUACAAUUAAUAACGAUAUUAUAAACAGUUUUACUUAACAUUAUUAUUAGUCAAUGAAGUUGAGUUCGAAACGGCAAAAAACAUAAGGAACAAGAAACAUUGAGAACCGGUGAAUAGGAGUAUAUUUACAAUUAACUGGAAAAGAAUUUACAAACUUCCGUUAAAGUUUACGUGAGGAAUGUUUUGGUUGUUAAUAACGUCAUUCUACUAGGUUAUUAUUUUAUGCAGUCCUAAAAGCUAUUUUUUUAAUAUAACUAAGCGACCUUUAUUUGAUUCACUAGAGUUCUGAUCAACUUUUAGAUAAGAGAACUUAUGGCUUGUCUUAUGGAUGUGGAUGAAAAGAAUUUACAGGAUCCACAAAUUACUGUGCCGGAAGUUAAACCUGAAGGAUCAAUUGAUAUUUUAUUACAAAUAACUAGACACAGCUGUACUGAAUACUAUAAUUAUAGUAUGGCAUUAAUUGAAGUUCUCCAACGAGCUUCUACGUGGGAAAGUGUAGAGUGUCGUAAAAUCAAUAAAAGAGAUCCAGAUCCUAUAUAUUUACCUUAUGCACAGGUUUAUCGAUUUUUUUCUUCGUUGGUUUGUGGGAAACCAUUACCAAAUCUAUCCGACUUGUCGUCUGGCGCCUUUCUAGAUCUUUUAACAUGUUUAGACAGAAUUUUAAGCUUUGUCAAUAAUAGCAAGAAGAGUGAAAAUUCUAAUCAUAAUCCUCGUUUAUUAGUUGAUCAACUUCAAAAUGCGAAUAAAAUCGCUACUGAAAAAAUAGGUGUAUUUUUAGCAUUGGCUGCUGCUAUUCAAUUGAAUUCACGUUUAUGCUCACGACGUGGAUGUGGUAUUACAGAAAAAUUUGAUGAACACUGUAUUGCUCCAUUGUUUUUAUUAUCUAAAGUGAAACAUCCUAAUACACUGAAACAAACUCGUGAAAUGGUUGAAUAUCUAAUUAAUCGAUUUGUGAAAUUAUGGUCGUUGCCGAAAUUCCCAUGUUCACAAAAUGGUUCAUUUGCUUCUGAAGGAGAAUUAAAUAUUCAGUCGACUGACAUACCAGAUGCCUUAUUCAAACGCCUUAGUAUUUUCUCACUGAAUCCAUUUUCAUUCCCAAUGGAAGUGAUGUCUCCUUUCCAAAAAAUCUUAGAUGAUUUUAGACAUAUGUGUUCAAGCAGGUUCAAUUAUUUAAAUCGUUUCAAAUCAAUGUUAUACAUUUCUUUACCGAUCGGACUUCAACAUUCUGUCAAACGAUCCUCACCAUCACAACCAAUAAAAGUUGUUAACCAAUGGAAAAAGCGUCGAAUUGAAAAGUCAUCAACUAAGAGUCGACCAACAAUACGUCGUCGUAAAGCGUUGGAGAGUUCUGUACCUUUGGAUAAUUUAAUAACAUUGAGUUUUGAUGAAAAUACCAAUCAAGUGGACAGUAAUGCAUGUAGUGAUGAGAAAACUGAUUUGAAAGUCAACCUAACAUCACGUCGCUUUGUAAACUGGUGUCCAGGAACACAUUUCAUUCGUGUUUCAGAUCCAGCAGAAGAUGAAGCUGUCAAGAUUCUUAUGAAUAAGCAUAUUCAAGUGAAAACCAAAAAGCAUGAGAAAAUUGAUACAAGAAAAAUGUGAAAACAUGUAUUUUUAUAAAUAUUGUAUAGUCGUGUUUGUUUGUUUUGUUUUUUGAGAAAAAAAUAUUUUAAAUACAGAAUAAACCAUAGAUCGU